CAGUACAGGUUCGCGCGCCGCGGCGAGAGCUCCUUCCGCACCGUUGUCCAAUGGGCUUUCCCCCAACUACGGAACGCUCCACAAUCUUAUCCAAUAAUUAUCGCCAUUGGGCGAUACCUUAUCUCGUGCAAUGACGCGAUAUUUUAAAGUUCUACCGAGAUAAGAGACUAGUGAUUAAAACUCAGGUGUAGAAUGUGUGUCUGACCGCUAUCGUUUUAAAGAAACUUUAACAACCGUUACUUAGUGCUCGAUUACAAAUAUUACGAUGUCGUUGUUCAAGAAGAAAGCGCCAAAAUACACGGCGCCCCCGCUGCCGCCCGUGCCGGCAGAGGAAGUACCUCCUGCUAAUGGAGUCGACAACAACAAUGGUGCUCAGAAGUCGCAGCUGGUCUUCCACUGCCAGCAAGCCCAUGGCAGCCCCCUUGGACUUAUUUCUGGGUUUUCUAAUGUCAAAGAAUUAUACCAGAAAAUUGCUGAAUGCUACGACUUUCCAGCAGAAGAUAUCCUGUUCUGCACAUUGAACACGCAUAAAGUAGACAUGAAGAAGCUCCUAGGGGGACAAAUCGGAUUAGAAGAUUUUAUAUUUGCGCAUAGAAAAGGUCGUCCCAAAGAAAUAGAAAUUGUCAAGACAGAGGAUGCUCUUGGCCUAACUAUUACGGACAACGGUGCCGGAUACGCGUUUAUCAAGAGAAUGAAAGAAGGUUCUAUAGUUUCGAGAAUACCGCAUAUAGAGGUCGGUGACCACAUUGAAAAACUAGAUGGAUUAAAUAUGGUGGGCAAGAGACAUUACGAAGUAGCAAAAACAUUAAAAGAUAUCCCUAAAGGCACGACAUUUACUAUACGACUUGUGGAGCCGCUAAAGAGUGGUUUUAACAGCAUUGGACCAAAGACGAGUAGUGCCAGGGCAGGAAAGAAACAAAAUUAUGGUUCCGGCAAGGAAACACUUAGAUUUAAGGCAAACGGUCAGGCCACUAUUGAAAAUGAGCAUGACGAGAAAUCGAAAGCGGGCAUAGAGAAAAUAAACUCUCUGUUGGAAUCGUUCAUGGGCAUCAACGACACCGAGCUGGCUACGCAAAUGUGGAACUUAUCUGAGGGCAAAACCAACUCUAUGCAGUUAGCUGAAGCCAUUGACAACAGCGACUUGCAAGAAUUCGGGUUUACGGAUGAAUUCAUUAUUGAACUUUGGGGGGCCAUCACAGAUGCUAGAUCUGGUAGGCUCAGUUAGAAAUACUAGUGGUAGACAAAGACAUAAUUUAUUCCGAACUUGGCUUGAGCACUAUCCUGUUAAGUAUUUAAAUUGCCUAGCGCAGCGCAUUCUCAUGUUCAAAUAUGGGAAAUGAAAACUAUGCAGUUAAACAUGUCGACCAAAACAAAGAAAUUGUUAACGUUGAAUAGUAAUAUAAGGUACUUUACUUACCUAAGAGAAUCAUAAUAUAUGUAAUGAUUAAAUUAAAUGAAUAAUAUUUGAUUGUUAUUGCAUUGGCUAGGUAUGUGCAAAGUGCCUGGUGGGUUAACUAAGCGAUGGUCGCGCUUGUCAAAAAAUGUGAACUUAAUUGACAUGUGUAAUACAUUGUACACUGUAAAAAUGCAUAGUUAAUUUGACCAAUAGUGGACAGGCGGACACUCGUCUCGCACACAGUUGAAACAAAAAAAUCCAACAGCGAGCGUUUAAUCGUAAUAUUUUACAGUUUUUACACAGUAGAUACAGACAGCAAAACUAUUAGUUUAUCACCACUGCAUACAUAAUAUAAUAGUUUUGUGCUGACUUUACUAGUAGUGCUAGAGCGAAGUCUUAUAAGUAGGUAGUGUAAUAAAAAUAAAGAAUUUUAAAUUUAUUAUGGUAUAAAAUACAUGUGGACUCUAAAAUCCCAAACAGUCGCGCGGCUUUCGAGAUGCUCUACUCCACUGUAUACAAAAAUACUUGGGUGUUAUAAUGUAAAGCCAUUAACAAUAAUUCAUCGGUGCAAUUUCUUAGAGUAUAUUAAAUUGAAAAUUAUACAAAUUUAUACUUAUAUUAUAAUUUAUAAACCAACAGAGAUUUAUUAUUAUGAUAGAGUUGAGUUAGUAUAUAUAUAAAAUUGACCUAAUUUUGUAAGGACUAGGAUGCUAAGUAGGUUUAAUGGUAUUAAGCAAUAUGAAUGAAAAAAAUGACUGUCAGAUGCCUAUCAUCCUGUUAGUAUUAUAUUACAGAACGUAAGUGUACAAAGUGAAAUUCCAGCAGUGCCUUUUGUAAUACAUUUUGUGAUAGUUUGGAUAUUAGAGUACAAAUUGGAUAAGUGAUAUGAUACUGAUCAUCAUUAUUCGUAACUAACAGAUUGUUUUGUAGCGCCAGGUGACUGUCAUAAUACAAUUUGAUAUUUUUUCUAUAGUCUAUCGUCAACUACCAUGUAAGCAUACUGCAUAGUGCUUGGCUAAUUUACAGGACAGGGCGUAGUUAUGCAGCGAAAUAGGAUGGGUAUGCGACUAUACCACAUAGACAUAGACCACAUAAAAAAAUAAUAGUACUACCUACCGUACAGAAAUGACACUUCCUACAAAACCGAAGUUUGACAGCGAUUCAGGGACGAAUCAUGCUGUCCCUUUCUAAUGCAUUUCACUCUCCUUCUCGGCUAUUUAGGUAAUUCAAGUAAUUAUCUUAUCUGUGGUCAUGCACGCGAAGGGACCUUACGUUGUGUCAACCCUAAUAAUGGCUCGAAGCUAUGCUCAGCCGAACGGAGCCGAGAAUGACCAAAAGGAGUGUCGCCCCACUGCACGUGGUGUACUGAGGCUGGUCAAGCUUGUACAGAGAACCAAAUGAACAAAUGUAUGUAUAUAUUUAAUCUCCAUACCUCUAUGUGUAGUAUACUUCUUGAAUGUGUAGUGUCAGUACACUCAAAGCUUAACGCGGACACAACGGAGCAAUAUGACCCAUUGAUGUCCUCUGUAGGUCAGCCCGCGUAGCCAACAUGCCAUAUAUCGAACCAAAUGCAACUGUCAUUGUCGCACUAAUAUGGAAGAGUGAUAAAGAGAGAUGAACUACGCUACGCUACGGAGCGUUACCGAUUAGCAUGUUGACUACGCCGGCUGUAGUGGUAAGCAUGCUUCGCAGUGUCACUUAUUCCACCCAUGUAUUAUUCGUCGUUAAGCGCCAAUUACACCCACUCUUCCCGAUAUAGGGCCCGAAAUCAGUCCCGAUGUCGGCCCUAAUAAUCGUUUCCGUUUGACCGAAUAUCAGCACACAUCCAAAAAUGUUCAAAAUACUCUUGGGCUCGACGUCGGGCCUGGGGGCCUAUCGCGGAAACCGAAAUUCGCAAAUUGCGAGGAUCUUUCUCUUUUACUCUCACUAAGACGUAUUGAGAGUGACAGAGAAAAAGGCCCGCAAUUGACGAACUUCGAUUUUCGCGGUUAUAGCCCGAUAUCAGGCCUGAUAAAGUGUGACCAAUAUUAAUUACCAUAUAGGUAAGUACCUACUUCACACUAUUACUAAACACUAUUAUGCACUGAGUAAUUAAACUAAACUGAGCCGGCUUGCCUAUAACAGAGGGCUUACCGCGAACCACGUUCGACGUGUUGCCUCCCUGUCACUCUUACGUACGAAUUUACAAGUGCGACAGAGAGGUAACACGUCGAACGUGGUUCGCGGUAGGCCCUCUGAAUUCAACUACUCCAUAUAAUAUUUAUCGUUAAAGUUAUACCUACUAGCUAAUGUAUUGUAUAUUUUACCAAUAAAAGAGUAUGAGUAUGAGUAUUGUACAGUCACUAGUUAAGAUACUUAAGAUAGAAAUUUCAUUAUUAAAUCUACCUAUGUCUAAUUCAUUUAUUUGUUUAUAUUGUGUAAUUAUACUUUAAGAAUUAAUAAAGUUCGUCGUUUAUA